AUGGCAACAGCAGCAGCUGCCUUUGCUCCUGCAACGAUAACCGGUGCAGUCAUGAACUUUGACAGCAAGAUUCCCAAGAGAACGAACAAGGUGGUUGACAUUGUAGGAAUGAAUCCCUAUGGAGCAUCAAAUACGCACGGAAGAGGUGGAGGUGCACUCUCCUCUAAAUGCAGUGAUGCGGGUGAGAUAUUCAGGAUUGAUGCAAUCAUGAACGGCCUUGUUUUGGUUGGGGUUGCUGUUGGAUUUGUACUCCUCCGAACUGAAGCGUGGGUUGAGGAAAAUGAGUGGGUGUAUUGUUUAAGAUGUGUAUCAAACCACUCCUUUACCCGAGAUUAA